AACAAAAAAAAUAGAAAACGGCGCAUUUAUUGCAAUGUCGAUGCAAAAUGCCAAAUUAAUCAAUCAAAAGGAGUAUCUGAAGAAAUAUCUCUCCGGCGACAAAGAGAAGAAGAAGAAGAAGGAAAAAAAGCAGAAAAAGAAAGCCGACGCCAAGGUGAAAAUAAUUGACGACGAUGCUUGCGACGCGAACACGGAGGAAAUGGACGAGGAUCUGUUGCUGGGCGGCGAGGAUGCGCCGCAAAUUGUGGGCGAAUACAUCGAGGAGAAUGCGAACGCGAUGCGCUGCAAGUGGCGCAAUAUUGCUGUGAAAGAUGAGCCCAAAACGGAACAAAACGAGGCAAAUGACGGGCGCAUCAAGGAGGAGCCCAGGGACGAUGAGCAGGCGGAUUUGUGGGGCGUUAAAGUCAAACAGGAGCGAGGAGCGAGAAACAGCCCGCUCGCCAUACGAAUCAAGCAGGAGAAGCGCAGCAGUUCCAGGGAGCCAACUCCAUGGGAGCAGCAGCAGUCGCCCAGGCGGAGAAAGAGACGGGAUUCGGAUGUGAGUCCGAUGAGGAAACGUCGCAAUUCAGAUCAGAGUCCACCGAGAAGACAACGUGAUCAGAGUCUGCCGAGGAGACACAAAUCGCCAUCUAUAAAACGGCGUGAUUCGGAUCAGAGUCCACCGAGGAGACAUCCCAAUGCAGAUCAAUCUCCGCCCAGAAGAAGAAAACACUCAGAUCAGAGUCCACCAAGAAGACGUCCCGCAGCAAAUCAAACUCCACCUCGGCGCCGAGCUGACUCCGAUCAGAGUCCAGCCAGAAGGCGACGGGACUCCGAUCAAAGUCCACCGAGGAGACCCCAAACAUCGCCUCGAAAUAGACGCAACUCGGAUCAGAGUCCACCCAGGUGGCGAGUACAAUCUCCGGGCCGAAAAAGAAGUGCUGCGGAUCAGAGUCCAUCAAGGAGACACAAAUCGCCGUCUAUAAAAAGACGUGAUGCGGAUCAGAGUCCACCAAGGAGACGUCCGAUUACCAGCACCGAUCAAUCGCCGCCCCGAAGGAGAAGGGAUUCGCCGCCGCCCCGUAUGACUAGAAAGGAGGAGAAACGCACUUUAUCCUCGCCGCCGGCACAGCGUGAGCGCAAGAGUCGCUGGGCCAGGACGACGCCAAGUCGAACACCAUCGCCUCCGCCGACGCACAAGCCGAAGACGCAAUCGAUGCGCACCCUGGAUGGCAAAAAGGCAGGACUCCAGGAUGCCAAAUCCCUGAAGACCGAAUCUGAUUCGCGACGACGCGAUGAACUCCGAAUGUUUGAGCAGAUGUCCAGCGAGGUGAGCGGUCGUCAUGCCGAAGUUCAAAUGCGUAGCACGGGAAGACGGGGUCGUCGGGCGCGCGAGGCUGCUGAGGAGGAUCCCGCGGAGCAGCAGCGGAAGGCGGCGCACGAGGAGAAGAAAAAGGAGCUGUACGAGCGCUGGGGCAAGGGACUCAAGCAGCUGGAGGAUCAACGAACGCGUCACGCGGAAAUGGCACACGAGGCCGCCAAGCCGGUGGCUCGCUAUGCCAACGAUGAGGAUCUGGAUCGGCAUUUGCGGGAACAGGAGCACGCGGACGAUCCCAUGCUGGAGUACAUGCGACAGAAGCGCAAGAAGCGCGAACAGCAGUCCGAUAACCCCGUGCUGCCCGUCUACGAGGGCAGCUAUCCAGAGAAUCGAUAUGCCAUCCGGCCCGGUUAUCGAUGGGAUGGCGUCGAUCGUUCCAAUGGCUACGAGCAGCGAUGGUUCGACAAGCAGAACGAACGGCGGGCGGUGCAAGACGAGGCCUACAAGUACAGCGUGGAGGAUAUGUAAACAUAUCACUGUAUUUAACACAAAAUAAAAUAUAUUUUUAUAAAAAAAAAGUGCUAUCGAUAACUGUUUCAAAUGGCGCGCCCAAUGCGCUCCUUAACGUCACUGUAGAAACAUAAUUUCAAUCAGUUUUAUUUAAAUU